AUGUCUUCUUCAUACGUCAAUUUUGAAAAUGAAGAGCUUUUUUAUCAUAGCUUUCAAUCACUCUUUCCGGAUGUUGUUUCAACGGUAUCACCCCAGUUACCGCCGACUCCUGAAAGCAUAUCAACAGAAGAACCAAUCUUCGUGCAGAGUCAUAAUUCCGCAAGUGAUAUAAAUACACAUCAGUCUGUUGAAAAGAGUGAGACGUUAAACAAAAAAACAUCUUAUUCAAAAAGCAGAGCAAGAACAACGUUCACCAACAAUCAACUUCUUCAUAUGGAGCAAAUAUAUGCGCAGAAUAACUACUUGUGUCGUCAAAAACGGAUUAAUGUUGCCGAAUCACUAGGUCUUACUGAAAAACAGAUCAAAGUGUGGUUUCAAAACCGUCGCAUGAAGGAUAAAAAAAUUGGAUCCAAAAAAAGAGUCCAGGACAGCGAUCACGUGUUGGGAAGCUACUUAGGAGUAUGCGACAUAACAAAUAUUGUGGUCAAGCAUGUUCAAGACCCAACGUACCUGACGUACAACGUUCAAUAUAAUUCGGUUCCUGCUCCAAUUGAAUGUCCAGCAGAAAACCACGUGCGUCCUACGAACUCCAAUAACUGCUCAUCAGAAAGCGCUAACUUCCUUCAAUUUCAAAAUUGGAACAUCUAUAAUCAGUACCAAACUAACGUAAUUCAAAACCAGAAUUACAGUUUCACCUACGGUAGCAAUAUCAACUAUAAUAAUGACAAAAAGUCAUCUAAUACUGUGAACAGCAACUUUUACGAUUAUAGCUCGUGUAAUUAUCAACAAUAUUAUAACCAUAAUGAGCAAAUACAUCAAUUUGACGUGCAACGCUCGAUUCAAAAUAAUUUUGAAAAUAAUAAUAUCAUUAUUCACAAUCAUUGUCAUUCUACCGUCAAUCAAAAUAACUUAAUGACAAAGUACAAUGUUGAGGUAAAUUAUCCUGAUUCACCUCCUCGUUCGAUUACUCCAGAAAAAUAUACUAAUAUUGACGAUUUGAUGGCUAUUAUUGAUUCUGAAAUGAAAGUCAAUUAA